GCUCUAAUUUCCCCGGCAGCGGAUGAAAGGAGAUCUGCUGUCAAUGGCUUCACUUCAGCUCUCUCCGACCAAUUUUCCCAGUUGCUGGCCGGCCCCUGUCCGGCGCCGGUGCCAGCCGGUACGCUGCGCCGCGGGAGAAAGGCAGGCGCUCUUUGACCGAAUUGCUCCUGUCUAUGAUAAUCUGAACGAUCUGCUGAGCUUGGGGCAGCACCGGAUAUGGAAGCGCAUGACCAUUUCCUGGAGCGGAGCCAAACUGGGGGAUCGUGUGUUGGACUUGUGCUGUGGAAGUGGGGACUUGACCUUUCUCUUGUCGGAAAAAGUCGGUUCCAGUGGCAAGGUGUUUGGUUUGGAUUUCUCGAAGGAGCAGCUGUCGGUGGCUUCAUCUCGGCAAAGUCUGCGUGCAAGACCAUGUUUCGAGAACAUUGAGUGGAUUGAAGGCGAUGCGCUCGAUUUGCCAUUUCCCGACAGCUACUUUGAUGCCAUCACUAUGGGGUAUGGGCUAAGAAAUGUUGUAGAUAGAGAAAAGAGUAUGCGGGAGAUGCUUCGAGUGGUGAACUCAGGAUCCAGAAUAUCGGUUCUCGACUUCAAUAAAUCCUUGCAGCCACUUUCCUCCUCAUUUCGGGACUGGAUGAUUGACAAUGCGAUUGUCCCAGUAGCAUCAAGCUAUGGUCUUGCCGAGGAUUAUGCAUAUUUGAAAAGCUCAAUCAAUGAUUUCUUAACGGGUGCAGAGUUGGAAAAACUCGCAUUGGAUGCAGGGUUUUCGAAUGCUCAAUAUUACGAGAUUGGAGCCGGCCUCAUGGGGAACUUAGUUGCUACACGGUAGACAGGAAUGGUCUGUGCUGGCAUAACUUUCACCUUCUUCUGAAGGUUCAAAUAAGAUCAGUUCAUAAACGUAUAUACCGGUGUUUGUUUCUGAGGGGAGGGAAAGCCAUCCUUGUGUCUGUACGCAUGUCCUUUGUUUCGUUACUGUACGAUUCUUGGGGUGAAUAUCUUGAGACAAAAACGAAGAUUUCUAGAAAUCAAUAAUUGUUGUAGUAUUGCAUUUGUAUCC